UGUUUCGAUAUAGGAACUGUUAGUCAAAGAUUUUGAAACAAUUUGAGAUAAUUAUUCCCCUUCUCGUACAGUUGAAAAGGUAUAGUUGCAUUUAUGGUUAAUUGGAAGCACGAAUAAAAGUAUUUAAGAAACGAAUCUGUGUUUUACAAACAUACAAUGCCGUAUUCUGACAUACCCGAUACUGUUAAUACCGAUAACCAGAACGAUACUGAACCAGUCCUUGAUCCCGGUAAGUUGCCUGAUGAUAGUGAUGCAUUCAAAUUUAACAUGACUUGUGGUGAACUGCCCAAUGUUAACGGAGCGUACUGUACCAGUGGAAUUGUCAAUAAAGCGUGCCAUACUGGCAGUCCAAUUGGGUUGGGUGUGAAUUGUGACGAAGAUCACACUCAUGAACAUAGUUGUACCGUGGUAUCAUAUACUGGUGGACCUGAUUCUAGUGAAAUUACUGGACUGAGCUUAGAUUGUGUCGGUCAUCAAGAUGGAAGUCUUUCUACAUGUAAUGUAGGAUUUACUAUCAUCAAAUCUGAUCCUGAUAAGCAG